AUGGAUCCCUAUCGAAAGGAAUUGUUUGAAGUUGACUACUUUAAGACUGUACCGCCACAGUGGUUACAAUGGUUAAGAAGGACAAGAGAAGAAGCUCCUAGUUUGAAUGAAUUGGUUCAAGAUCAGUUUCGACAACAAAGAUUGCGAAUAUUGGCUAAACAAGCUGAUGAGAAAUGGAAAAAUGAAAAAUGGAGGUUGCAGCAGGAGGCAAAUGCUAAAUUGCAAAAUGAAUUAAAUAGAAUUGAGCUGGAGAAUAAGGUAAGAGAAGAGGAGAAGGGAAAGGAGGAAGAGAAAAAGGAGGAGAAGGGAGCCAUCUUAGACUCAAAUCCAUGGAAACAAGCGGAUAAACUAAAGGAUACAAAUCCUAUAGAAUCAGCUACAAUAAAACCCAGGUAA